AUUUAAUCUUUCAUUUGCUUGAUAGGAAACCCGGGACAAUUCCCUAAAGAAACGAGAUGAAAUUCUCGCUGACUCCUAAUUGAAAGUUGCCUUUUCUGUUGGAGCAGCUAGGUAAGUUUAUAGUAAUCUCUAAAAAGUCAUUUGUUGCUCUUGAUUAAGGCUAUGUUCACAUUAAAGCGGACAGCAAGGAUAGCUUUUGCGUCGGCACCAAAACCAUGCCGGAUAUACGGCUUCUGUUCACACAUAAAUACGGAGGAAAGCUGCGCCGUCUGAUAUCUGAUCUAAAAUGGAAAGUCACUUGGGUGUUCGUACCAUACUACAUAGGUUUUCGUGUUGCUACGUAAAGCUGUCCUGUAUAAUGUGAACAUAUAAGCUCAAGUCUCCUUGUUAAGGACACAGUCGAUUUAAUACACUGUUUUUACAAAUUGUUCCCAUUGCACUUUCAAUAAAGUGCAAAACGCUCUAAGUAACGACUCUUGGCCUUUGAAAUAAUAAGCUACUCAGUUAUAUUUUCUCGAGCAAACAUAAACGCCAUACUGAGGGUUCCCAACGAUUUUAUAACAGUAUUAUUUCUUUCUCUUUCUUGAUUCGAUUUAUUCAUGUUGUACAGUAUGUUGCCCAGUAUCCGGACACUUAAAACCAAAACUCAAUUUUUGAGGCGCCCUUUUCAGUUAUCGGUAAACGAAGUAUUUCGAAUGAAAGCUGAACAUUUCAGCUUUAAGAUGAAGGUUUUGGCGAGUUGAAAGCGUGCGAAACAGUCGCAGAAGACGCCGUUCUGUUGAGGUGAAUAAACAUUUCAUGGCUAAUAUUUACGCUGUUUACUGCGCAGUAAAAUUAGCGCUGCUCGGAAAAGGGUAGUUAAUAUGUGAUAGAAACGGUUUUACAUUUACCGUGAAGAUACUUAAAGAAGUCAAGUUCUCAGAAAGUUUAUUAAUUCUUCUUGAAAUUCGAUUUGUUUGGAAUAAAGGAGCCCAAAAACAUUCACUAAGUUUUGAUGUCAUGUGCCCAGUAUCCGGACAGUUUUUUCUUUGCCGUACAGAAUCGAUGAAUUAGCUGUGUACAUUGUCCGGAUAAGAUUUAUUUCAUAUCCAUAACUAUAAUUAAAGCUUAGGAUAUAUGAUAUAGUCGUAAAAUGUAAUUCUACUCAACUCCGUAUGGAAAUUUUCUUCAUUCGGAGGCGACUUGAUUUCGUGUGCGCCGCUUGUUUUGCGUGACUACAUUUUCUAUAUAUAACCGAAAGCGUCGAAGUUAAACCUGGAAUUCUCAUACUUUCCCCAGUUGUGACUGCUAGAAUGGGGUUACAACGGUCUGAAAAAUGUCACAAAGGGAUUGAGAGAUGUGAAAGAAGGAGGAAUUAGUGCUAGAAAAGCAGGCGUCUGUAGGGACGGAGCAUGAAGAAAUCAACACUGCAGGUCAGACUAAAUAGGAGAGUGACCUUUGACCGUCGCAUCGAGGUACGUCCCUUCCCCAAGCAUUUUUUUUUUAAAAUAAAGAAUGAAGAAAAAAAAACUCGUUUGCAGAUUGGCUAAUUGAGCUAGCAAACCGCGGCUUCGGCAUGUCCACGUAUGCCUUCCUUAAAUCAGUGAAAAAGUUCCUAGACAAGGAAGUAAGAAUUAUGCCAUUUAACAACCGCUCGCGUUCCCCACCAUACCCCAGUCAUUUGUUAUGUUUUGUUUCACGACGCUAGGUUAUAUUUUUGGAAUCGACAUGCCAGACUACUUUACAAGUGCAAGAGAAGCUUAUAAGUCACUUGCCUGUCGAAAUUUAUGUACAAUCACGUUGUUAUUGUUGUGUCCGGAUACUGGGCAACCUGUCCGGAUACUGGGCAACAUAGGAGCUCUGCAAAAAUAUUAAUUUCGCGAUGGAAACAAAGGCAAAACAGUUAAAAUGUCUUUCGUCAUAUUAAAGACUAAAUAGAUUUUCUCUGGGCCAAAUUUCAGAGCUCUUGUGACUAACACAGGAAAGUUAUUUCAAUGUUAAACUGAAGUGUCCGGAUACUGGGCAACAUACUGUACUCAUAAUUAAAUCAGUGCGGUGAUUCAAGCCCUGAUAAAUCGAAUUUUAUGUUGUGAACAUUGUUGCGUAUAAGGGCUACUGAAAUGGCCCGCGAUAACGGUUAUUCCAUCUUACGCUUGCUUUUAUAUGUUUCUUGAUUUUUUUGUGAAUGCCUUUGUUCAGACAAAAUAUGUUUUGAUUGUAAAUCAACAUAGAGCCUCGAUGCCUCGUUUUAUGUGUCUGACUUGUCUCUGAUCAAUGACCUGUCGAGAAGCCAGUGAGAAUUUUGAUCUUGGUGUGGUUGCCUGAAAAGAGAGUUCUUGUUGUUUUGGCAACUCUUGACGCUGUUCUCAAAGGAGACAUGUCAGCUGGAGAACAUGCGCCCUGAGGUUAUUCAAAUUACUUUCAACUGUCAAACUUUUAUUGUUUAUAAUGGGUGACCUGCUUUGUCACGUCUUAAAGGCUCCGAAAUUUACAGAGACGUUUAGGAGCGAAUUGGGUUUGGAUAAGGGAUAUUUUGAUAGAAUUUACGGAACGCUUUUUUCUCUGGUCAAUGCUAUAUCAAGUUCCCUCAAUUCCUUUCGUCAAUAAUAAAAGUGUUAAGACAAUUUUACUUGUAGUUUUGGAGUUUAUGUUUUAACAAGUUAAAUAGUAAUUUAUAUAUAUAUAUAUAUAUAUAUAUAUAUAUAUAUAUAUGUUGUGUAAAAAAACGGUACCGUAAGAAAGCUGUUUUUUUUACACUGAUAUAUAUUUGUAAAAGGACAGCUUUUUUACAAAAAUAUGUUUUGUAAAAAAACGGUCAUACACUAAAUGUUGCUGGCGAAUUCAGCUUGUAUUAAGUAAUGGUCCAGCUAAGAAGCAGGCAGAAAAACAAUAGCCCGCGGCAAUAGCGUCAGUUAUUUUUCAGGCGCUAAUUUCUCUAAUCAAAUUAAAUCUGAAUGCUCUGAUUGGUCAAUACAGCUAAAAGCGCGAAAUUUGAAUUUUAAAGUUGAAUUAAGAUAGCUUAAGACUCAUUCGAACAACUUUUUAUUUCGUCUAUUGCUUUGUUAAGUUGAAAAAUAUAACAUAUCUAAAAUUUAAAAGAUUUCUAUGCGCCAAACCCGAGGAAGUUAAACUGAUAUGAAAUUACACGAAGAUGAGCACAGUGUUACAUCAAUCAGCGACGUUGGGAACAACAUUUACGUCGGCUCUCACAAAAGAAAUGUCAAAACCAUGAUCGUAAACAGCAGCAAUUCACUCUCACGUGGCGAAUCUGGCGAACGCGCCAAUGUCGCGCGUUCAUAUUCGGCCACCAUACAGAACAACAACAAGUACACAAAAUCAAAUCCAAAUGUUAUCUAAAUGUUCUGCUUUUGGAAAAAAAGAGGAUGUUGCCCAGAUAGAAAAAAUUCCUGCAUGUUCGGAUAAUCGGGUUUCAGAAAAAGCUCUCCUACAGUUUAUCUGUUUUCAAGGUUUUGAUAUUACUCUAUAAAAAUCCUUCUUACAAUCUCUCUCGUCCUUGGAAAAAAUAAAGGCAAGCUACAGUCAUGCUCGCUAGAUCUUCCGUACCAAGAGAAACUCAAACACCAGUGACAGCUAUUUAUGAUACCUAAGCGGCUUCCGUCUCGGUAUUCUCCGUCUCAGAACUCAAAGGUACAAAAUGCAAACGUGUCACAAAUUUCAAUUCGCUCAUUUUAACUUAAGGUCCACGGCGAACUUCCAUUUCGCUUGAUGAAGCAGUCUAGAGAGAAAAAAAAUCGAAUGAAAGAUGGGUAAAGAUACACGGAAUAUGGAAGUUUCGAAAGGGGCAAACACAUGAAUAACACAUAAUGCGCGCGGAGGUGCGAAAAUCUAUUGAAUUCAGCUUACCUCAAGCUCAAGUGUUCUACAUCUCUUCGAGAAAUAAAUUCAUCCUUGUAAAAACAACAAAUCUUUCGCUUUCUCCUUUUAUGCCCAGCUGUACUCCAAUUUCUAGUGCCACAAUUAUUCUGAUCUCCUCCUGAUCCGGCCUGACAACGAAAACAACUACGCCGGGCCCAAAUUCCCACAUGGCGACUCGGCAUGUCGAGGACGGCAGCAAACCAUGUUUAAGAGCAUUUUGACGAUCACUCCGAUGAUAAAAUACAGUAAAUUUGAGAUAAAUAUUCAAUAAAGAAAAAAUGCAGAUUUUUCACGAAGAAAUUGACGAGAUUUCUUCGGGUAAAAGACAAAUUUCCUAACAUCUCAAGUGUCACACUAAGAUGGGGUCACAACAAGGUCGCGCGUGUGUUGCACGUUUUCCGCUCUAACUUUUGAUUGGCGCAUAGAACAAUGCUGAAACUUGGCCGUGAGGUAUAAGACAGGGGAAUGGGGAAAAUAAAGCUAAAAAAAGGUGUUUUUGUCACGUUUCUGACUGUUUUUUUGGCGAUUUUUGGAUUUCGGCCAAUCAGAACGCUUGAUUUAAUUGAAAUUAAUGAUUAAAAGUUAGCACCUUUUAAUCACUUUUGCCGUUCGCCUGCCUACCUUUUACACGGACCAUUACUUAAUAUUAAAGUUGUUCAGCCUUUACAAGUGUUUUCUGGCUUUUUUCUCCAUCUCUAAAAUGAAAAACGCAUUGGCGUACGUUACAGACCGCAUUUAUAUAGUCCCUAAUUCUUAUAAACAAAUCGACUGCUGUUUUUAUGGCCUUACAAGUUGCUCAGUGUAUUGCAAAAAUUAGACUAACAAGCGAGUGUAUGUACGCUUGUAACUAUAGGCUAACGUUUCCUUUUGCUUGAUUAGCCGACUGAACAUGUUCCUACAUCAUGUUGAAAGCUUAAAGUUGUAACGCAGACAUGACACUCUUGCAUGCAUCAACAUGGAUUUCAACAUAGCAUGAAUCCCGUGAUAGAGGUUUAGCGCCACAUACAUAAUACGGGAAAUUGCCUAACAAUUGCUGUCGUUGAUUCUUGCUGAAGAUUUUAUGUUUAUUUGUCCACUGCUAAGAGCAUCAAAGCAUUAUGGCCAAGUAUUUUGUUGACAGUUAAACCGAUUAUUGCAGCUGAUAACCUUGGGAGAAUAGAUAAAUAACACAGAAUAAUAUUCUGUACAGUUUUUGGCUUGAACAAAAGUAGCAAUGAGGGAGAGAAUAGAAGGCUUUGGUUGCUGCAAGAGAUUGUGACAGGCAUUGCUUAUAAAUAAGACAGUGAAUAACCCAGCUAUUCUAUUAUUGCCUAACAUGCAGUUACUGCCGUGCGUGACCUCGGCCGAUAAGCAUAACAAAUGAAAUUACUGCCUGUUCCUUCUUCGCAUCCAACAAUUAGAAGGUCCUGGAAAAUUGAAUGACAAAGGAAACAAGAAGAAAGAAUAAAAAGAAUAAAAAGAACGUAAAUUUUUAACGCUGUCAGCGAGUUAACAAGGGAAUUUAAAAGCCCCACAAUAAAGGGGACACGGGAACGUGAACGUGACUAGCCGGAUAUCUUAAAAUGUACGGUUUGAGAAGCGCACGAAAACUACAGUUCGAUAAAUUUCGAACCAUGCUAUAGAAAACAGCCUGUCUUCGAUAAAUGAGUUUGUCAAAUGGUCUAUACGUGUAAAAUAGCAGGAUUUUUACAUAAAAAGGCAGCUUUCUUACAAAAAUAUCUUUUGUAAAAAAACAGAUUUUUACAUAAAAAGCAGCUUUUUUACAUAAAAAAAGCUGCUUUUUUAUAAAAAAAUAUUUUUGUAAAAAAGCAGUAUUUUUACAACCAGGUAACUUGUAAAAAAGCAGCUUUUUUACGUAAAAAAGCUGCUAUUUUACAAAAAUAUAUUUUUGUAAAAAAGCAGUAUUUUUACAACCGCUCAAUUUGUAAAAAAGCAGCUUUUUUACAUAAAAAUGACGCUUUUUUACAAGGACCGUUUUUUUAUGCAACAUAUAUAUAUAUAUAUAUAUUUUUUUUUUCUUCCUUUGCUCUUUUAUUUUCUUUUGUUUUGUUUUGUUUUGUUUUUUUCUUUUUGUCAUUUCGCUUUUUUUAGCCUAGAACUAUGAUUAGUACGACUAUCUAAUAUACUUAUUUUAAGAUUUACUGUAGCUCUGCCAUUGAUUUUCCCGUGUGUAAUUAUGAUAAUAUUUUGUUCUAAUUAUCUAACUGAGGGAGCCCAUUCCUUAUAAGCCCGGUGGCUUCUCUUGGGCUUCCUCGCCAUGAGAGUUAGGGUAAUUAGAUUUUAAUUGAUUUGUAUAAUUUUUUGGCAAACAAAACAGUAAACAAUAAACAAAAUAAGGAAUAAAAAUAUUUAAAUAUUUUAUUCCUCAUUUAAAUUUUAUUAAUUGUCCGUGUAAAUGUAAUCUGUAUCAUAGUAUGUUGAAUUGAGCAAGUUAAAUCAUCUAUCUAUGUAUCUAUCCAUCUAUCUAGUACAAACGCAUGCCACUCAUAAAAAAAGAGCGCAAACAAAAAUUCAACAAAAACAUAUUGUCGUAGCAGGGUGCUGGGAGGGGAGGGGGGGGAAGGUGACUCUAUUUUUUUCCACCUACGUUUCUUGGCCCACUCCGCUUGCCAGUGUAACGUCACAUAAUAACGGGCAAGAGCCUCGGAUCUCUUGUGCAAAUUAGCAAGGGAUACCACAGACAGCCCAAACGCUGUGGGAGUUCGUUGAGACUUUGAAUUUAUACGAGAAUGUAUGAAAAUAAACAAAAUACGUCCUAAAUUUCAUUUUUUGACCAAAAUAAAAGAAAUAAAAAUGACUCUCCUUGUGUUUUUGUUUUGUUUUUAACUGUCUCUUCGCUUCUAGAGCCAUUUGGAGGCCGUUUUAUCGACGAUUUAGAUUUUGAGUUUUACUAACAAUAAGAAAUAAGGGAAGGCUGGGGAGUCUGAAGCUGACCUUUCCAGCUCAAGGCUCCAUAAAUCCCAUUAAAAUGGUCCAAACUCGCCAAAAUUGCCGUCAAAGGAUCAGUCGAUAAUUUUUCUUUCCAUUCUAUGCUUCUGGAGUCUCAGAUUUUGGCAAAACCGCUCGCAAAGCGCUUGAUUCAGUAAAGUUUUUCCAUCAGAGUUUUCUUUCUCGCAAUUUGUAUUUCCGGGCAAUUGGACGUGGCGUAAUCAACGGUCGCUCACAGGUUACGUCACAGCGACAAUUUGACUCCGUUCGGAAGCGGGUACAGUGCAUCGUGAGUAGCACGGUGGGAGGGUCCCUGGGUUCAGGAAUGAGCGGUGAACGCAGUGCCAGCUUCAUAAACUGAACAAGACGCUGUGGGAACGAAUAUGUGGGCGUGGUUGUACUACGCGUAUGAUACUUUUAACAUGCCUUAGUUCUGCUAAACAACUGUCAUCAUAACCCACCAGAGAAAAUAAAUCCUUCACUCUACUUCUUUGCUGAACCACACAGCUUAUACAGUAUGUUCCAAUCCACAACAAAAACCCUAUCACUUUAUGACAAUCUUUUGAAAUGCGCAUCUUCAACAAGGCCUGCUCUCAGCCAAAUUGCAACAUUAGACAUCACUGCUUACAGCCCGGACAGUAGGGUUUAUCUCAGCUCCACUGAUACUGACACUUUGAGGAAGAUCGACUGGCAUAACAUGUCUUUUCACACCCACCA